AUGCCAAAAUCACGCAAGAACAAACGCAAGGCACCAGUGACAUCUGCGGGGCCUUUUGACCGUUCUUCCCUGCCUUCUGGCUCUGCCUCCCACCGCCCGGGAGCGACGAGAACGAUCAUCCGCCGUUUCCACGUCCUUAUCAAACGCCAGACGCAGCUCCAGCACCUCCUACGGGAUGGGGAUACAAAGAAGGGCAAGGGCCCCAUGACGGCGGCGAGGGCUGAACUGGCCGAGGUCGAGCGCGGGAUCGAGGAGCUCGGCGGGCUCGCUGCCUACCAGCGUAUGUCGACCAUCGGUCAAAGCAAAGAUAGAGGCGGUGGGAGCGAGAAAAUCUUCAUCGGGUGGCUCCGAGAACUCGAAACUCCAGAGGAAGUAAAGCGAAAGGGUGUCAAGCUCCGCCUUCUCGAAGUUGGCGCCCUGAAGCCAGACAACUACUCUUCUUGUCAAACGUGGAUCGAGGUGACUCCCAUAGACCUCCAUUCACAGCACCCGAACAUCCAAGAGCAGGACUUUUUGCUCAUGGAUAGCGAGGAACACCGGGAAAAGUGGGACGCGAUCAGUAUGAGCUUGGUUCUCAACUUCGUUCCCGACGCUAAGAACCGAGGUCGGAUGCUGAAGCUAGCGCACAACAUGCUGCGCCCGAGCGGUUUGCUAUUUGUAGCGCUUCCGCUCCCUUGUAUCAUGAAUUCCAGAUAUACAACGGCUGAGCACUAUGAAGGCCUUAUGUACGCUAUCGGUUUCGAGAAGCUUCUAUCACGGUGGAAGGACGGUGGCAAGAUGGCGUACUGGCUCUUCCGUCGAUCCAGGCUGUCCACCUCAGCGACAUACCAAAAGCAUGCGCUGUACGAGAAGAAGACCGUGUUUCGGACAGGGGACAGGAAUAACUUUGUGAUAUUGCUGUGA